AUGCAAGAAGCACUUGAAAAAGCUCAAACAGACGAUACGACUCGAACUUCACUGAUCAUUGCUCAUCGUCUGUCGACCAUUCGUUCGUGUGAUAUGAUCUGUGUUCUUGAGAAAGGAUACCUGGUUGAAAGUGGUACUCACGCAGACUUAAUGAAACGUCGUGGAGCAUACUAUCAUAUGAUUAUUCGCAGCAGUACUUCUGUUCCAAAUGUAACACUCUAUUGUAAUGAAAAUGACCAUCCAAUAUUGUCGCAAUUGAUAUCUUUCAAUUUAAUAAUAUUUACUUUAUGUGAUAUUUAUUCAAUUGCUUAUAUUUUACGUUGUAUGCCUAAUCUUAGUCGUUUUUAUUUUACUCUUGCUUCACGAAUGACAGCAUUUUCAUAUUAUCGUGAAUUGUUUAAUGGUUUUGUGUGGCAACAAUUAUUAAAACGUUAUGUUCCAUGUUUAUCUAAAUUUGAAUUUCAUAUAUCAAUUUUGAAAACCUUUUCAAGCUUAAAUUUGCACUAUUAUCAAGUCAUUUAA